CCUCUCACAUCUGUCGUUCUCCAUUUUAAACCUCAUCAAUCAUUUGAAAGAGAGAGAGAGAGAGAGAGCGAUCCAUCGAUUCUCAUCAAUUUGUGCAAUCUAUGAUUUGAAGGAAGAUACGGCUGCUUCCCGUUUCCCAGUGUGAACGAAGGCUUUUGAUUUGAGGACAUUCCUGUUAAGGUGUAUCUUUAGAUAUCCUUUCUUGCAAGGAAAAUCCCACAGGCAUUGUUGCUUGUWUGAAAGGUACUUUGUUUCAUUGACAAUCUGCUCCUCUGUCAUUGGCUACUACGACUGACUUGUACCCUCUUGUCACCGAAUCAAGUCUUUCUGUGCGAUUGUCUCCAUCUCUUGAGACUUUAGGAUUGCUUCUUGGUCUUGAAUCCUUUUUGUGAUUGAUGGCUACGAAUGAGAAUCUUCCUCCAAAUGUAAUCAAGCUACUUGUUAGGGAAUUGAAGAAUCUCGAUGAAACACCACCAGAAGGAAUUAAAGUAGGAGUGAAUGAUGAUGAUUUUUCAAUGAUAUAUGCUGAUAUUGAUGGCCCAGCUGGCACUCCAUAUGAGAAUGGUGUUUUUCGCAUGAAAUUGAUUCUGUCCCGUGAUUUCCCCCACUCACCUCCUAAAGGUUAUUUUUUGACCAAGAUCUUCCACCCGAACAUUGCGACAAAUGGUGAGAUAUGUGUCAACACAUUGAAAAGGGAUUGGAAACCUAGUCUUGGCUUACGUCAUGUUCUAGUUGUAGUCAGAUGCUUGCUGAUAGAGCCAUUUCCUGAAUCUGCAUUAAACGAGCAGGCCGGAAAAAUGCUGCUUGAGAACUAUGAAGAGUAUGCUAGGCAUGCCAGGCUGUAUACCGGAAUUCAUGCUCUGAAACCAAAACCGAAGUUCAAGUCAGGGGCUAUAUCUGAAUCAACUGCUGCUCUAAAUGUUGACCAGACAAAUGCCUCAGUCUGUAGCGUUGACCCAAAAACCGCUGUUUCUGGAGCCAUAGUGCAGCCUACGCCUUUAGCCCCUUCCUUGAACACCAUGAAGGGGGGGAGCGCUCAGGAGCCAUCAACCCCUGCCCUGAACUCAAUGGCUGAGAUAGGAGGAGUUAGUAGCGGAUCCGGUGCUGCAGCACCACCACCAACGGUGGCAACCCAACAGAAGGAAGGUGGGUUGGCGAAAGCUCAGACCUACAAAAAGAAGAUUGAUGCUAGAAAGAAAAGCCUGAAAAGAUUGUAGUAAUGUGUUUCUUGUUUGUUGUUUUCUUGUGGUUGAAUUUGUUGAAUUAGGGACCUGAUUGAUGAUUCAAAACUCAGCUCUUGAUAUGUUAUUUCCAAUGAUGUCCAUACAUAAAAAUCCAUCCUUUUUC